ACACAGUUCUCAUAUUGUCCGCACCUUUAUUGUUAGUUUUUCACAAUUGAAGCUUUCUUUGACUAAUUAAAUCUGUGUCUAACUACAAUGCGAACCUACGUUUUCUCUCUUGUAAUUUUCGUUCUUGUGGCGGAUAUUUUCGGGCAUCUCCAUUCUGUUUUUCGUCACUUUGAAAUACUCUCUCCUGCGCAUGCGCAGACCCGCACCAAACGUUGCGCCAUGUCCAAGCGCGUGAUUCUCAAGACUGUAAAGUUUAGGGCGCUGGGGAAAAACCUUGUUGUGCACUUGGAGCCGGGCUCCCCAGUAAUAGAUCAUGAAAAUGUUCAGAUCGAAGCAGUUUAUAAAAACGGAAGUUCCAGGUCUGUGAAAAUAAAGAAAACAGCGUUUUAUGUAGGGCAUGUGGCAGGUCAGCGGUCAAGCUCUGUGGAUGCACUGUAUCUGGCCGGGAAGUGGUCCAUGAUGAUUCAAGAACAAGAAAUUAUUUUUAUAGAGCCCCUAAGGAAAUAUGACAGCAAUGGAAGAGUUAGAGAUAUGAUCAUAUACAGACAGACUGAUCUACGAACAAUGAGCAACAACAGAAGCUCGGAUCACAAUACCUCGAGAUCUUUCUGUGGAGUUACCAAUGACAACAUGCCGCAGAGAAAACGUUUUGAGGAUCGCGAAACAACGUGGUCGAGAUUUCAGGAACUUUCAAAGACAUUCUCGACCGCAGCAGACGAUUCGUUACCACCUUUGUACAGGACUUUUGUGCGCUCCAGUGAGCGAGAUAAUCUAGAACCCAGGAUGCCUCGAAGUCCUGUUUUCUAUUUCAACACCUGCGACAUGCUUGCCAUCAUGGACACACUGGCGUUCAAGGGCGUCGGGGGAGGCUCCCUGUACAAGAGCGCCAGCAUUCUCGUCUACUGGUACCAGCUGGCAGACAGUAUCUUCAAGAAGGCGCAAUUCGGAAUAUUCCGCGGGAUGCGGCUGAAAAUAAAGACUAUUUACAUCAUGACUGAGUUUACUCCGUCCGUGGAGCCGCAUUUCAACAGAGACCCCGCCAUCGGACAGGUGCAUGCAGACGAGGUCAAGGCCUCACUGAACAAGGAGAAAUGGUUUAGUCAUUACUGCCUGGCACAUCUGAGCACAGAACGAAAAUUUGUGGACAAUAUCUUGGGUCUCGCUUCCCUGGCCAAUGUUCCGGUCUACGACGAGGAUGAUUAUAGAUAUUCUUUACCUUUUUGGAACGAAGGCAUUUGUGCAUCGAACGCUAACAACGCAGCCUUUUCCUGUAUCCGAAUGGACGACAAUGUCCUCUCUGAUGCUAUGUACAUUGUCAUCUUGACCCACGAGAUCGCCCACGGAUGGGGAGCCCAGCACGACGACAAUUUCCACGUCAGCGAGUGUUUCCCAAGUGAGGAAGACGGGGGCAAGUACAUCAUGUGGAGGGGACACAACGGGGCCAGGGAUCCAAACAAUUUGAGAUUCUCUCCGUGUAGUGCUUCCUCCAUACAAGAAGUCCUUCUGUACAAGGCUCACAAGUGCCUGCUUCCUGCUCAUGCUGUGGUCCACACUUGCGGCGACUCUGUCGUGGAGUUUCCAGAGCAAUGCGACGAAGGGCUGAACCCAAACAGUUCCUGCUGCACAGAUAAUUGCAGGUUAAAAGAUGGCGCCGUGUGUUCCCCGUUCAAUCACCCCUGUUGUACUAAGAUGUGUGGCGUUGCGUCAAAGACACAGAGGUGCUAUCAACCCCGAAACCUGACCUGCGUAGCACCGUCCUACUGCGACGGGGAAAGCUUCUCACAAUGUCCCUCCCCGGUGUCGCUGCCCGACGGCCGGGACUGUGAGGACCGGGGAACAUGCUGGUCCGGGAAGUGCCUGAGCUACUGCGAAAAUAAGGGCCGGACCUCGGAGCGCCCCGUCUACCUGGAGUCGUGCACCUGUGACACGGACCGUGUGGCUAUGUGCUCUUUGUGCUGUAGGGCCCCAGGUACUAACACCUGCAUCCCCACCCCAGACCACCAGGACGAAGGGAUGCCCUGCUUGUUGGGAUUUUGCAAGAAUGGGAAAUGCGAGGGGACCUUUGAGGUCAACAUGAACUUUGUCAGCAUGGGCGGAGGGCAGAGCUUGGCCAAGAGAAACAUGGUCUUCAUCGUUAUUGCUCUUACUGCGCCCCCAUUCGCAUUGGUUGGUGUAGGCCUAUGGCUUCAGGAUCGCAUUAAGAAGAGAAAAAAGGCGAAAGACAAAGCAGAAUUGAGUUGUGUAAUAAUUUCGUCUAAAUUAUCUACUUCUGCCGGAAGUAAGAUGGUGAUUGGACAUGAAGAAAUUGACCAGUGACUUAUAUUUCUCAGUACAGAUUUUUUUUUUUUAAAUGUAGAGCUAGCAUUUUAUUUUAAUUUUUGCCAGAAGUCUAGAACACAAAAUGAUGUCAUGUCACUAUCUAUCUUUGAAAAAGAUUUUUCUGAUUUUCUUUUUUUAAUUUUUUUUUUGCUGCUUUAGAUUUGAGAAUUAGGAUAGCUUAUAUUAUUAAAGUACUGUUACAUUAUUCCUUGUCGGUACGUUCACAAAAAUAUCAUGAAAUAUGAAGGGAGGCCAAGCACCUUAUGUACAAUAAUUCUUGAAAACGCAAGACCCAGUUGCCACCUUCAUUUUUUGUCUCAUCUGAUGUAGAUAAAUAUAACACUAAAAACUAUACAUGAUAGGAACGAGCAGAGUACCACAAAUAAAAUGUAACCACUAACUUGUAAAUAAUGUUUGUGGUGAUAUGACACUACCGACUUCUGUACGAACUGGUUUAUAUAGCUCAAAUUUUGUGUAUUAAUGUGGUUCUUAAUAUCAUGAAUAUGUAUUUUUUGUUUACAUUCCAACUCGUAUGAAGCCAGAAAUGUAAUUAAUUUUUAACUGUAUGAACAAUAAUAACAAUAAUUCAAAAUCUA